AUGGAACCUACUAUGCAUGAUAUCGACGUCAAAACGGAGGUGUCACAUGUGGAAGAUGCAAAACCGCAAGAGAUUCUCGAAACGCGUUUUGUCUGUGACCGAAACCGUUUGAAGACCAUGCGCAAGUUCUGGAAACCGCUCUUGUUCUGCAUGAUGGUCAAUUGGGCGGCUCUUAACGAUGGUUUUCAGAACCAACUUCCCGGAAAUAUCAUUGCCAAUUCUGGUUUCAUUCACACCAUGGCCAAUUCCGUCGUCGAUGGUUCUCCUGCCAUCUCGUCCAAUGUCAUUUCCCUCUGGGGAGGCAUAGGGGCUGUAGCUCAGACUAUUGGUCAAGCUGUCGGUGCGACCUCGUCGGACUACAUAGGUCGAAAGGGAGCCAUGUGGAUGUUUGCUAUACUCUUCCUUGCUUCGUCUGGGGUAUCCAUCGGAGCUAGUAAUUGGAAGGUCUGGCUCGGAGCCAAAGUGCUCAAUCAACUAGCACUUGGUAUCGCCAUUUCUACCAUUGUCACAUACCUUUCCGAAGUCGCUCCAUUCCAACUGCGUGGUAUGAUGAUGGGUAGCUAUCAGCUCAUGUUCGGUAUCGGUCAAUUCAUUGGGUCCAUAGCUACGCAAGUUUUACAAGACACCAACCCCGAAAAAUGGCGACCUACCAUCGCAUCUGAAUUCGUCAUCACCGGUAUCUUCGUCAUCUUCCUAAUCUUCGUCCCUGAAUCUCAUUACUACUACGCCAGGAAGGGUCAAGAUGAGAAAGCAAAGAAAGUUAUGAGAAGGGUAUAUGGUAAUAUUGAAGAUUAUGAUGUGGAUUAUGAAUAUUUGGUCAUUGAACAAUCUCUUCAACAUGAGAAAUCGCUUCACCAUUUACAACAUCAAGCCGAUUGA